GACGCUCGCGCGCGCGUUCGCCGUCUCCCGCGCGUCGCUCGCGCCGAGACGCCGGCGCGCGCGCGCGAUGGCGACGCGCGAGGCGUCGUACGACGCGCUCAAGCGCGAGCUCGCGACGCUGAACGACCUGCGCUCGCUCGAGGGGCUCGCGGGAUGGGACGAACUCGUGAUGAUGCCGUCGGGCGACGGCGCGGCGAACGCGCGCGCGCGCGCGAUGGCGACGCUCGCGGGCGUGAUUCACGACAAGGCGACGUCGAAGGCGCUCGGUGCGCUGAUCGAGGCGUGCGAUGGGACGCCGCGCGGUAAGGAUGGGACGCUGCGCGGUAAGGAUGGGGCGAACGUGCGAAGAGCGAAGGAGAGCUACGCGAAGGCGACGGCGAUUCCGAGCGAGAUGGCGAAGAAACGAGCGGAGCUCGGCUCGCGCGGGUAUCAGACGUGGGUGAAGGCGAGAGAGAGCGGAGAGUACGGCGCGUUCGCGCCGGUGCUGGAGGAAUGGGUGGCGUUGACGAAGGCGCGGUGCGAAUUGAUCGCGCCGGGCGCGGACGCGUACGACGUCGCGUUGGACGACUACGAGCGAGGGAUGACUUCGGCGCGACUGCGUGAGAUUUUCACCGUAGUGCGCGAGGGCGUGGUGCCGCUGAUCGAAAAGGUGUACGCGAAAGAUGGUCCAAAGGCGCUGAGAGGACGCGCGAAUCCGCUCAGUGGGACGUUUGACGUCGAUAAGCAGGCUGAACUCGCGAGAGACGUCGCGGUUGCUCUGGGAUUUGAUUUAACCAAGGGGCGCUUGGACGUCAGCGUGCAUCCUUUCACGGGUGGUUGCGGGCCAGAUGACGUCAGAAUGACAACGAGGUACAAAGCAGAUGAUUUGCUCGAAGGUUUGUCAGGAUGCGUGCACGAAGCCGGUCACAGCGCGUACGAGCAAGGACGCUCAGUCGACUACCGCGGGCAACCGGUGAGCGAAGCGCACUCGAUGGGUGUGCACGAAUCGCAGUCGCUGCUCUGGGAGCGCAUGGUGGCGCUGAGCGAGCCUUUUGCGCAUUUCCUUCUCCCAAAGUUACAAUCGACGUUUCCCGGGAGGUUCGAUGGCGUCACCGAGGAAGCGCUUUAUGCCGGGUACAACGUCGUGAAGAAGCCGAGCGUCAUUCGCGUCGAAUCCGACGAAGUCACCUAUCCCAUGCAUGUUAUCCUACGAACGGAAUUGGAGAUGGAUUUGUUGAGCGGUAAAAUUACCGUACAUGAUUUGCCCAAGCUCUGGAACGCGAAGAUGAAGGAAUAUCUGAACGUUGACAUCGAGAACGACAAACAAGGAGUUUUACAAGACGUGCACUGGGGGUCUGGAGCCAUCGGCUACUUCCCGACGUACAUAAUCGGCCAAAUAUUGGCGUGUCAAAUCUUCAACGCCGCCAAACGCUCGAUCGAUGAUUUGGACGGGCAGAUCAAGCGAGGUGAAUUCGCCCAACUCUUGGCUUGGUUGCGCGUCAACGUGCACGAGCGCGGAUCAGAGUGCGACAGCGUAGACGAGUUGAUGAUGAAAGUCACAGGCAAGCCGCUCGAUGCGGCAGAAUUCGUGACUUAUUUGACUGAAAAGUACACCAAGCUCUAUGAUCUUUGA